AUAAACAAGCAUAAGUCGCCGAUAGAAAUACUGUGAUUACCGCUCAAAACGAGGUUUUUUCCACGUUUACUACAACAAAUCCUUGUGAAAAAGAUUAGUUUUUAUCAUAAAUUAACAACGAACUAAAAAUUCACGGAAGAAGCAUCAUCUAGACGGAAAAAACAUCUUUUGAACUGCCACCAUCUCUAUCAAAUAUUACGAACGAAUUGAGGUUAGGAAAAUGGAUUUCAGUACCCUUCUGCAACAAGCCCAGAAACUGACCCACGAGACGCAAGUAUCGGAUGACUUGCCACGGGUGGAACGCACCCUGCCGCAGGUCCUGCAGGCCACGCAGGAACUGCAUUCGCGGGUAUCCCAGACCGGGGCGCAGGAUAUGCAAGCCCACAUCUUGUUGGGUCACAAGGGUAUCGAUCUUCCGAAAAUUUCCCAAAAAUUAGAAACGCUGAGCUCCCGGAAGACCUUUGAACCGUUGGACCCAAUUUCAACGACCGAUAUUCAGAGCUUCUUGCGCAACGAAAAAGAAAAUGCCAUUCUUUCGGUCAUUGAGGAAGUACACAAGAACUCAUUCCAGGCGGCCCAGAACCAAAAGUGGGAGCACACGAUGAACGAUUGGAAGCUGGAAAAGGUGAAGCUAAUGAAUGCAUUGAUUGGACCGUCACAGAACUGGAUCGACAUUCGGAAAGGGCCGGAGCCGACAAUUCUGAACGAGAGCACCUUCGGUGGACGAUCGUCCAUGAACAAUCAGGAGAUGGCCUACGCCCGGGAGGUGUACGAGUACAACAAGCUGAUCAAUGAAGGAGCGAUGCGGCCGUCACUGGUGCAACGCUUUGCUCAGGUAGCGGAAAGCUUCAACGAUUCAAAGGUGAAUGACAUCUGGGAAAUUAUGAAAUACAUGACGAAUGUGACGCCCAGUCCGAGGACACAGGAUCCACUGAGGGUGCGCUGCACCCAGACGCAAUUUAUUGAACAGGCUAAGCGGUAUCUUGAGAAUCGCUACAAACUGUUUAUGCAGACGGUUAUCUCGGAACAUUUACGAGACGCCCAGCGGGGUGGCAUUCCGAGUAUUUUAAAUUUGGUCGGGUCGUUUGUGGGGCUAAAGUUUGCCAAUCAGAAUAAUUCCAGCUUCAUCGGGCUGCAGGAUGGACACGUGGACGGAAAGCCUCUGUGGCCAAUGGUGUACUACUGCCUGCGUUGCGGAGAUAUUGCCUCGGCGCUAAAGUGCAUGCAGAUGGCUGGACCGGGUCAUGACGAUUUUAUUACAGUCCUGGAAGAGAAAUGUAGGAAUCCUGGCCAGAAAAUCAACCCGAAGUUGGAACUUCAAAUUCGUAUGCAGUACAAGAGACAGAUUCGGAAUGCCAUCGAUCCUUACAAGCGAGCCGUAUACUGCAUCAUCGGUUGCUGCGACAUUCAAGAACAGCACCCGGAGGUAGCCAAGAGCUCCGAUGAUUUUCUGUGGAUUCAGCUAUCGUUAAUACGUCCCGAGUCGGACGACAACUCGGAACAUCUGACCUAUUCCGGACUGCAGGCUAUGAUUCUGGAACAGUACGGUGAGAAGCACUUCAAUGCCAAUGAUCAGCCGCAUCUGUACUAUCAGGUUCUCGCGCUGACCGGGCAGUUUGAAGCAGGCAUUGAGUUUCUGUCCCGCUUCGAGAAGUACCGGGCUCAUGCAGUGCAUAUUGCGCUGGCUUUAAAUGAACUACAUAUGAUUGGUGGUCCUAGGAAUCUGCAAGAACCGUUGCUAUCGGUGGACAUUGAAGACCCUCAACCAAUGCGUCGACUUAACAUUGCUCGACUGAUCAUGCUUUACGUGAAAAAGUUCGAAAUAACUGAUCCGGCAGAAGCACUGCAAUAUUUCUUCUUCCUGAGAAGUCUGAAGGACAGCGAUGGUCGCAACUUGUUUUUGGUUUGCGUAUCUGAUCUAGCAAUUGAGUGCCGAGACUUUGAUUUGCUCUUUGGUAAGAUGCAGAGAGAUGGAAUACGUUCCCGCGGGUUGAUCGAUCAGUUUGAGAGCAGUCACAUCGACGCUAGAAUGGCCUGUGAACUGAUCGCCGAGGAGUUUGUCAAAAAGGGUAUGUUCGAAGAUGCCAUAAAGCUGUUCGACUUAGCGGGAAAUCAAGAGCAGGCUUUGCGCUACACUUCCAUUAUGUUGUCACAAGUGGUGCAUCAACCGAACAAGCCUGGUACCUUGCGAGAGCGACUUCAGCGAGUGGCACUGGAAUUCACUGAGCGGUAUGUGGGGGCCGAAAAGAACUGUGACCCACAGACGUGGUCUACCUUCAGUUUGUUGAAAGAACUGGUCAUUUUCUUUGAUCACUAUCACAACAAAAACUUUCAACCAGCUCUCGAAGUACUAGAACGGAUCAAGCUGGUACCGCUGAAGAUGUCCGAUUUGGAAGCUUGUGUGCAUAAUUUUAAACGUCUUGGCGGCGAGGUAUGCAAGGUUAUCCCAGAUUUGCUGAUUUCGACCAUGGAUAUAGCCUACAACAAGUAUAAAGCGCUGAAGGGAAAAGAUGUGACCAAAUUUGACGAUGCCGGGAGGGAAAGUCAACUAAUCUACCUUCGUGAGCAGGCGAAAGCAUUGACCAACAUGGCAGCGACUGUCCCCUAUCGAAUGCCUGGUGAUACCAACAAUCGUCUGGUGCAAACGGAAAUUCUCAUGCACUAGGUUCGGAUGAGCAAACCAGU